AUGCCACAAAACGAACAUAUCGAACUCCAUCGUAAACGACAUGGUCGUCGAUUCGAUCACUAUGAAAAACAAAAGAAGAAAGAAGGACGUUUGCCACAUAUUCUAUCCAAGAAGGCUCAAACCUUACGUGGCAUUAAAGCGAAAUUAUACAACAAACGUCGUCAAAAUGAAAAGAUUCAAAUGAAGAAAACCAUCAAAAGUCAUGAAGAGAAAGAAACAAAACAACGAGAGGAAGUACCUGAAGGUGCUCUACCAGCAUAUUUACUCGACCGUGAGAAACAAAGUCGAGCUAAAAUUUUAUCAAAUACUAUCAAACAGAAACGAAAAGAAAAGGCUGGUAAAUGGGACGUACCUAUACCAAAAGUGAAAGCAGUAAGCGAAGCGGAAGUAUUCCGAGUUGUUCAAUCGGGAAAACGACGAAAGAAAGCAUGGAAACGAUUAGUUACCAAACCUUGUUUCGUCGGAGAAGGAUUUACUCGAAAACCACCAAAAUACGAGCGUUUCAUUCGACCAAUGGCACUUCGAUUCACAAAAGCACACGUGACACAUCCAGAAUUAAAAGCUACAUUUCAAUUACCAAUCAUCGGUGUUAAGAAAAAUCCUAGUUCACCACUCUAUACAUCACUAGGUGUAAUUACCAAAGGAACUGUUCUUGAAGUUAACGUCAGUGAACUCGGUAUGGUUACCCAAGGUGGCAAAGUCGUAUGGGGAAAAUAUGCUCAGGUGACUAAUCAUCCUGAAAAUGAUGGAUGUAUCAAUGCUGUACUUCUCGUUUAA